CCGCCUUAUCUCUCUCUAAACUCUCUCUGAAAAAAUGGCGAUUCUCUGAUUAUUGAGAGACGAAGAAAGAUUUCGAGUGGUUUUCAUCGCAAACCUACCCUAAUAGAUUAUGUAGUUCGUGUGUAUCAUUUUGAUCCAUAUAUAGUGAUAUUUUCUGAAGAUUUUGAAGCAGAGAAGGUGACUGGUUGUUCCAUCUGGUGGUUUUCUUAAAAGAUAUCGUCACAAUGUACGCGAACAUCAUUAGGAAAUAUGUGAAGAACCCAGUAAGAAGUUUUAGGGUUGAAGAAAGUGAAAUAAAUAAGGUUAGAUUCUUUGACAAUGUAAGUGUAAAUUCUGGUGGAUUGAAUGGUUUUAGUGAUGUUGUUCAUGCUGCAUACCAGUUACCACCUAUUAAGAAGGUGAAUUUGACUUGGUUCAGUGAGACAGGCCCAUUCUAUAUUGGUAACGAUGAUGAAUUUUUUGAAAUGUGGGAUAAAGGAGUAGUUGAAGUUGAUGGGUAUAUUCAUCUGUACAUGAAUGUUACACACAGGAGGGUUCCUCUUAGUGAUGAAUUCCCUUCCAGUUCUUGUUUGUCAGUUUCAAACAGUCUUUAUUCAACACCUGAGAAAGUGAAGAGUACAUCAAGGUUACACAUUGAAAUAGGUGCAGCACCAGUCACUCUUGACCCAGCUACUUUUUUAACACCUAAGAAGAGGAUCUUGUAUAGUAAAUCUCCUGAGCUAUUAAGGAGAAGUCCUAGACUGUUGAAGAAGUCCAUUGAUGCAGUAACAGGAAGUUUGGGUAGUGUCAGUGGUAAGAAGUUAUUUGUUAAUGUGGAUGAUGAAGAGGUUGUGGAUGCUGAAAUAUCAGAUGAAGCAAGACAGUUAGAGUUGGAGUAUCAAAACAUACAACCGACAUAAAAUGAACCAGAUGUCUGUCAUCCCAUUGAUGAUUGUAGAAGUCCAGUGGAUGAUGAUGCAGAGUUGGGUAUUGAAGUGUAUACUGAUUUUGUGAACAACUACUUUGGUGGAAUGGACUCUUUUGAUUUCCUACAUCCACAACUAUAUAAGAAAAAGGGAAUAUGCAGAUGAAGCAUCAAAUGAUAAUAAUUGUGGUGUUACUGAGGAGUAUGACCCUAAAGGAAAAACACCAAUAGUUGAUGUACCAGAAGUAAAGCAUCACAGUUCCCUUACACUUCUUCUUCUUGCAAGUUUGGUUCUUCCAUGGACAAUUGUUGUGCAUAUGGCUAUUGUCACCACAAGCAAAGCAGGAAUGUGGAGUUGGAAGUUGAACUUUGAUUGCUCUUUUUUAGUUUGUGGCAUCUGCAAACCACUCAAAGUAUGAGCAGAUUGAGCAUCUCAAGAACUUCUCAGCAACAUGAUUUUCAGUUUGAGCUUUCAACAACUUUCUCACUCCAUUGCAAGGGUAUAUAAAGAAAGGUGAAAUUAGACCGUUGGGAACGGUCUGAUUUUCUGGCAACAUCCAUCUGCCACGUCAGCCAUCUUCCACGUCAUCCACAGGUUAACUCCGGUUAAUUAUGUUGAGUUAGGAUAAAGGGAAUUUUGGGGACAUUUAACACCGUUUUUUUUUUUUUGAAAAACAGUUAUGUCGCCCAAACUAUGACUCUUUUGUAACUGAAUUAGAAAAAGUAUGACCAUUUUGUAAAUGAUCCUUUUUUUUUUACACGUGAAAGAUUGUAUUACAAUACUUAAUAACGUUUCAUAGCAACAAAAUACACAAAUACAAAACAUACAUUAGCUAGUAAAUUCUUUGAUGA